UCUCCAUCCACUUUACUGCUCAAGGAUCCGUUAUCUUACUCUACAAUCAUGAAGUUCUUUACUCCAGCCCUCCUGCUGGCACUCCAUGCCCUGGCUGUAUCUGCUGUCCCCGUCGUCAAUCCCUCCGACAUCCAAGCCCUCGAUGAUACUUCCCGUGACAUUUCCCUCAAUGAUGCCGACGCAGAGAUCUACGCUAUACUCAAAGGCACCACCACCAACAUCACUGUGGAAGACGGAGCCGAAAGCAACUCAACCCUCCAGACGCGCGGCGGCGGCAACUACCAUAUCCAGUGCGACCAAUACUGGUCCGCCCGGCAAAUGCGUAUCGAGAAGGGCAUCGAAUAUCUGGACAGCCUUGAACAUAGGCCUUACCUUCAAAAAUGGCGAUGUUCGCGGGUUAGCUGUUCGUGGAGGUCGGCUAUCCACUGGUGCAAUGACGAUCCGAACCACUCGCUAGAGCUCGGCUCGUUUGCAGAGAUUGGAGACGACGUCGAACGCAUUAUUGAUGAGUGCUCCAACGUUUGGGGGGAGGUUUCCGGAACACUCUACCAUGUUGAUGGCUGGAGGGUUGUUGUCAAGAAGACGGGGGAUGUAUCAGGGGACCCGGACUGCUGA